GAUCUAUAACUUAACAUAGGACGACAUAGAUUUAUUCAACUUAUUGUAUUGAAACAUUUCCGAUAUGGAUCUUUUUGUAUUGCUGCUUAAUCUUCUUAUUGCAACAUUUAUAAAUCUAAACAUUAACAAGGUUGAAGGUUUAAAUUGCUUAGAAUGUUAUUCCUGCACUGGCAAAGAAAACAAAACAUGUUAUGUUGAAGACGGCUACUGUAUGUCCGCGAUAAUAAGAGUCACAGAAAAAGAUGAAUAUGGAGUGAUUAGACCCAAAGAUGAGAUAAACAUAAUGAGAACAUGUCAUCAAAAGACAGAAUCGUUUCCUAUUUUCUGCCAAGUGGGAGAUAAAGUGAAACAUUUGCAGAAUGUGAGAUGCUGCAAUGAUCAGGACUUUUGCAAUGCUAUUACACCAGAACUUGCUGCAGACCCCACCAAGAAAAAAGAUGUAGAUGAAGAAUCUUUACGCUGUACCCCUACAUUAGUUCUGGUCAUUGUUCUACCCACAACUUUCCUUAUGACAGCCUUAUUGGCUGGGAUCAUGCUGUAUCAUUAUUGUCACAAGCCUGGGCAUCCUCAUGCACUUCCACUGCAUCAAAACUCAGAUACUAAUUUGCUGGCUCAGCCUUCACCAUUGAAAGAUCUCUAUGACUGCUCACAAUCAGGGUCUGAGUCAGUCUAUUUGUGUGAUGGCAAUCUUGAUGAAAGAAAGAUGCUAAAGUAAUGCAGCUGCUCGACUCACUGCACUGCACAUUAGCACAACUAUAGCUUGUCUUGUUGAACAGGUGGAUGUAAAAAUCUAGAAUGCACCACCUCAAGUCUGCUUUUUUUUUUCUUGAUGUUUCUUCAUUAUUUCAUCAAAGUAACGCAGCUCUCAACUUGCUGGAGUUUAUUAAUACACAGUGACAUGGACAGAAACAAGGUUUGAAUGUUUGAAUUAACACUGGACAUUGUAAAUGUUAAAUAUUGUUCUUGGAAAUAUUUGGGCUGUCCUAUUUAACAUUGAAACAUGAUAUUACAAAAUGCACAAAAUCUAGAAAAUGUUUAAUUCUUUAACUUAUUUCUUUUUAAAGGUAAUUAAAAGUCAAGGGCGAUAAGUUUUAAAAAGUUUUCUUGACUUGUUGUCAAAUACAUCUAUAUGUCUCUGAAGCAUUUAUUGUAAGUGAUAAAUAUGGCAGAUACAUAAAAAAAUAAUUAGGUAAUAACAAUUAAAUGUUCGGUUGUGUAUAUAUUCCAUUGUUAUUUUGCUAAUGGAGGUUUGUAUUGGGCAAGAUAUCCUACAUGUGAAACCUAAAUAGGUUGUGAAAUAGCUCACAUGAGCUUGCAAAAAACUGAAAUUAAGUGAAUGUAAACUGUGUCAACACAUGAAAAAGAGAUACAUAAAUGUCUUUUGGAGACAUUGGAUUCAUGUUAUAGUUUUACUAUGUAGGAUUUGUCAGUAUGAAUGUAUGAUUGGCAUAAUCAGGAAGAAUACUUCUACGUUCAGACAUCUCUCCUAAAAUGAGGAAAUAACACUUGAUAUACUUGACACCAAUAAUGCAUUUAAUAUAUAUAUACAAUACAAUAUGUGACACACAAUAAUAUCCAAGUAUAAUCAAUAACAAUCCUUAAUAGAAAUAUGUUUGACAAAUAUAGUGGUAACUGGUACAAGUCUCUACUAACUCUUAAUAAUAUAUCUAUAGUGACUGCUUACAAUAACUGCCCUGGGUCAUGCAGUUUGUGGGCUAGACUUUCGUUCAGGCUUAUUGAUGGUCCUGGGUUCAAACCCUACCCGCUCCCAUCCCCCAUCAUCCUGUGGGAGGUUUGGACUAGGAAGUAAAUUCUCUUCAAUUCUGAAGGAACAUCUGAAACAUGGAAAACAUUUUACAUUCUUCUAACUGCCUAUAAUGACUUCAAUCUUUAAUGACUGCCCUCUUCUGACUGCUAUCAAGUAUCCGGAUAGCUUGAGGUUAAAAGUGUCUACUCUCAGAAACAUGAGUUGUAAAUUAAACUCAAAUAUCAAAAUAGGGUGUCCUACUGUAUGGAACCAACUUUGAGGUGGUGACACUUUGAAUUCAAAUGUUUGAAUUUUUUGUUCAGCAUUUUGCGUAAGUAUGUACUAACUUUUGGACUAAUUGGAGCAUUUUUACUAUUGACAUUUGUAUAUCUGCCUCUGUGCAUUUAGGUAAUGGUGAAGACCAUACAAGCACUCUUCUAAUACAUUGUAAUUGGUAACACUGAACAUUUCUGAAACUUCUUGAUCCCAAGUAAAGCAGGCCCAAUUUCUAUGAGAUCACAUAAGAAACUUUAGGUCAUGGGGAUCUGCGCUGUCAAACCACUUAGUACAUUUAUGACCUAAUAAUGGACUACUAAUCUUGAAAGAAUACCAGCUAAUCAAACUAACAUUUAGAUCUAGAUAGAUUAGUUUUAUCAUUUUUAUUUAUUUCAGUACCUUUGAUAAAAGUCCAGUAGGGAAUGGGCGCAUAGGUGACCUUAUCCCAUUGAUCGUAGGAAAGGCUUUUAUCCAAUGAGCAGGCAUGGACGGGGAGUUCUUCACCCCUUGUCCUGUCUGAGGGUUCCAACAGUGCAGCCAUGAACCGAAUAAGGGGACUGUACUGUAAAUAUGGCAUGCCACAACCCUGGAACGGGUCCUGCUCGCUGUAAACAGCAGAGCGCAGUGCAAAUCAUGGGGAAUUCACCUCAGAUUCCUAUACUGUAACCGCCACUGUUCAGUGCGGCGAACCCCACUCCUAUUGCUCUUAUUAUGAUGGCCCCCUUCAUGGAAUUGCACAGCAUAGUUUUUGCUUUGGGUUACUGGGAUAUUUGUUUCAUCCCCACCCCAAGUGAGAUUAAAAAAACAAAAGAUCACCCAAAUUAGCCCGAAAGAGGCCGUGUUGGCUUCCCGUUCUCAGCCUAUCUAGUUCCACUACUAGACAUUUCCAUGGAGGCCUCAUGAUGAGGAGACUGGGGCUGAAUUUCCAUUUUUCUAUACAUCUCUCCUUUUCCAACUUCAUACUUAUGACUACUUUUCAUACUUUUCAGCAUGACAUUAAGUUGUAAAAAAAGGAACAGACUACUGAGCAUGCAACAAAAUCAAAGAUUAAAAUUAACAACCAGGGAACCGAAUUAUGAUGGUCUGUCAUUUCAGCACGAACAAUUUCAUUCUUCUCAUAGAUAAAAUUACAUUGUGGAGGGGCGGCAAGGGGUACUCAGCAUUACAAAAAUUAUAAAAGGGGUACACAUAGGUCAAAAGUUUGUGAAACAAAUUCAAAUACAUGACUGAUCCAAACUAAUUGAUAAAACACUCUUUAUAUAAGCUUUGUUUUUUCAACAAAAGUAUUUUUUAUACUUUUCUUGUUUAAAAGGUACUCCUGUAAACUUUGUAAUUCCUUUUUGAUGAUAACUUGUACCAGUACCAGAAGGAAUCACCAAAAUUACUUUUGUGUUUUUUGAAAGUUAACAAUACUGAAAUAUUUUAUUGUUAAUUAUUAGAAAAAGAAACUUUUUGUUACAAAAGGCAUUUUGGCUUCAUUCAGUGUUGAUUUCCUUCAGUAGAGACUAUGCAACCCUAAUAAGGAAAACUUCCUAAACAGCUUGACAAGUUCUGUGUCAGAAAUGUUUUCUUUGUUUUACAGUGUUUUGUAACUAUUUAGUGUACACUUCAUUAAAUAGUUGAAAUGAAAUAUGUAUUAAUUUUUAAAACAUGUAUGUAUUUCUGUGUUGACUUGGUGGGUCUUUUAGAGUUGCAGACCACUUGUACUUUUUAGGUUUCAUUUGAAGAUCCCUACUGAAAUGGAAUUUAUUUUAGCACUAUACCUUUACCUUAUUUAAAUGUUGUUGACAAAUGUACACUUUUUAAAUGAAAAGAAAACUGAUUUUGUAUAUUCUUGUUAUAUCUUAAGCUUCCCGGGCAUGCUACCCUGCCUCAUAGUGGCGCCCAGGUGGAAACGAUCAUAGGAAGAAACGAUUAGGCUAAAGGGUAGCAAAACAAGACUCCCAUGGGGGGUGCCUAAGGGGGUGCAAGAGCAUCCUCAUUGCACUGUGCGGAGUUGUAAAAAAGCUCCCACAACCUUGUCACAAUCCAGGCGCCGUUCCUCAAGGGGCCGUUGGUGUGUCCUGCACGGUUAGCCUAGUAUAGAAAAGGAAAAUGGUAGGGGUCCCGGUGCACGCGGUCUCUGGCUGCGAGUCUGACACCCCAUCAGACAGAACAGUGUACACUGUUCUCAUUCAGGCCGGUCAAAGGGAGCUCUUGUUCACUUUUGCUGGCUUAGAGUUCCAAGAGCCGAAGGCUCAACUCUACCUGACAGUUUCAAGAAGAAGAAUAUCUUUUGCUGAUUUUACAAGUUUUGAGUUAUAAAAAAAAAUAUUGUAAAAUUUAGCGCAGUAUCUAUCAAAUAUGGUAACAACAGUUUUCUAGAAGCUACAUUUGUCUAAACUUCUUUGCAAAUGUAAGCAGGAUUAGAGAAAUAGAUGUAUUUAAACAGUUUAUGAGACCUUAAGAAAUUUUGAGACAUACUUCUUAGGAAAUGUAACAUUCAAAAUCUUUUUCAUUCAGAGGUCUGUCUAUUCAAAAUUGACCAGUUGAUAACUAGUUAAUUUUUUGUUUGACUUAAAUGAAAUAUUGUCUCUCACUGCUUCAUUGAAUUUGAAGAGACUACGUCCUCACAUGUUUAGGUGUUGUCCCAGUCAGGAUUUUUACUGACAAAAUAAUUACUUUAGUGUAAUAUAUUAUGUAAAUAUAUUUUAAUUAUUGACAUUUAAAAAAAAAUUAAAACUAAGAACCCUGUGAUUUUUUUCUUUACAUUAUUAAUAUUACUAAAAAAAUAUCAGAGGUUAAUGUACUCAGCCCUUCCAUUAACUAUGUAAAUUUUUGUGUGUUCAUAUUUUCUUGUAUAAUAUUUCUACUGGCAUGUGAAAUUAUGAUUAAAAUGUUCAUACGCUUUCCUA